AUGGAGGUAACUAUAGAAAUGAUUUCUAAAGAUUUAGAAGACUCAUUUACUACUAUAUUAGAUGAUAACACAGAACUUAUUAAUAUUGCAGAAAUGAUUAAAGAAGCAUCAUAUUAUAAUUAAUUUAAUUUGAGUGAACAGUUCUGCUUAGAAAUAAAGGAUACUAAUAAAUUCAUUAGUGGAAGAUCUACAAUUAUCAAGAAGUGUCUCUAAUAAAAUUAAAUUGAUCCAAAAAUUCUAGUCUUUCAUAAAGGCAUGGAUGGAUAAACUAAAAUGAAUAAAGGAGUAAUUAUUGAUUAGAAUUUCCAGAGAGAACCUUAGAUUAAUAAUUAAGUCAACCAUAAUAAACCGUAACAAUAAUAGUUCUAACCACAAUAGGAUAAUCUUAUCCAAAUUAAUAAAAAUAAUUAAUAAGGAUAAGGAUAAGGUAUAGUAAUUGGAGGAGGUUAAAUCACUGAAUCAUAGGUUAUAAGGAAUUUAGAAUAAAGGCUAAAUUAAGGACAACAAAAUAAUGAUAUUGAGGCCUAAGAUCUAUCGAAUUAAAUGAAUUUAGCUAAAUUUCAAUAGGAUAAAGUUAAGGAAAUUAACAGCAGUUCUAAUAAGGGGAAGAAUCCCAUAAUUUAUAAAACACAUCAUCAUUGGAAACCAAUAUUCAAAGUAACAUAAAGAAAUAUAACCUCACCGUUUGGAUGGAUUAUCAAGAAUUAGAAAAGUAUAAAGAGCUUUUUAGAAAAGAUAAUAUUUAAUUUACAUUAAAUUGAUAAUUUUAGAGAGUAAAUGUAUAUUAUUAAAUCUAAUGAAUUUUAAAGAAUCGUAAUAUUAUUAUAUGUGAGUCCAAUUUCUAAGGCUUUUAAAAUUAAAAUCUAAACACUAUUGAGAAAAAAACAAAACAAGAUAUUAGAAGUCGAUAGAGAAGUCAAUAUGUUUUCCUGCUUAAAUUAUAAGGACAAGAAAAAAGGGAUGUAAAUCAUUUUGAUACAGGUCGAAAAUUAGUUAUAGAAAAACAAAGGGAAUUUAAUAAGAAAGAGCAUAUGA